AAACAUGGGGGCCCUGGCCGCCAGGUGCUGCGUCGAGUGGCUCCUGGGCCUCUACUUUGUCUCUCACAUCCCCAUCACGCUGUUCAUUGAACUGCAGGUGGUGUUGCCGCCAGAACUGUACCCGCAGGAGUUCAGCAGCCUGUUGCGGUGGUACUCGAAGGAUUUCAAAGACCCUCUGAUGCAGGACCCCCCAGUGUGGUUCAAGUCCUUCCUGUUUUGUGAACUUCUGUUCCAGCUGCCUUUCUUUCCUGUUGCUGCAUAUGCCUUCUUCAAAGGAAAUUGCCGGUGGAUCCGAAUCCCUGCAAUCAUCUAUGCAGUUCACACCAUAAAAACUUUAAUUCCAAUCCUCUAUACAUUUCUACUUGAGGAUUUCUCCAAAGCUGUUACUUUCAAAGGACUUAGACCCGAGAAUUUCCGAGAACGACUGACUCUCACAGGUGUCUAUGCCCCUUACUUAAUAAUCCCCCUUAUACUCCUCCUGUUCAUGUUGCGGAACCCUUACUAUAAGUAUGAGGAGAAAAGAAAGAAAAAAUAGGGGCCAGCCACUAGCCCGAUGGGGGAAGAUCCCAUAGUACAGUUGCCUUUUGGACAAUACUAGAAAAAUUGCUCUGAACCCACGUCUCAGCAGCAUUUGAAACAUACCAACAGCAGUGCACAAGAACAAGAUGGCGGCAAGACAUGCCAAGCCCUCACCUUCCAAGGGCUGAACAGGCCAUCAGCAGGGGUGGGGACCAGCAAGGUGGUGCCACAGUUCUACUA